UCGGCACUGGUCGGCGAACAAACGGGCAACGACACAGAGCGUAUCGCAAGCUCGAACCGUACUGUGUUAGUAGCGCUUGAAAAGUUCGGACGUGUUUUGCUCGCGCUCCUGCCGAAGGAUUGAUUUGCCGCAGCUCAGCGUAAAAUAAUUCACCCCAAAAUGGCACAGAUUUUAACCAACAUAUAUGACUGGUAUAGAGACCUCAUGGACAACCAGAGCGAUCCUCGGGUCGCUGAUUGGCCAAUGAUGUCUUCGCCCUUUCCCACUCUAGGCCUUUGCAUAUUUUAUGCGUAUUUUAGCAAAUCGCUAGCACCAAAGCUGAUGGAAAAGCGAAAACCAAUGGAUCUUAGGAAUACUCUAGUAAUUUAUAAUCUCUUCCAAACCAUCUUCAGCACAUGGAUAUUCUACGAGUACCUUCAAAGUGGAUGGGGUGGACGCUACAGCUUUAGAUGCCAGCCUGUCGACUAUUCGGACAAUCCACUCGCUCUACGGAUGGCCCGAACCUGCUGGUGGUACUAUGUCUCGAAAUUCACCGAGUUCUUCGACACGCUGUUCUUCAUCCUGCGGAAGAAGACUCAGCACGUCUCGACACUGCACGUCAUCCACCACGGCUGCAUGCCGUUCUCUGUGUGGAUGGGCAUGAAGUUCGCCCCCGGUGGUCACAGCACAUUCUUUGCAAUGCUGAACUCGUUCGUACACAUUGUGAUGUACUUCUACUAUAUGGUAGCGGCUCUCGGACCACAGUACCAAAAGUAUAUCUGGUGGAAAAAGUAUCUCACUGCAUUCCAGAUGGCCCAAUUCGUCGCCAUCUUCACGCACCAGUUCCAGCUGCUGUUCACCGAAUGCGACUAUCCGAAGGGUUUCAUGGUGUGGAUUGGACUGCACGGUGUCAUGUUCCUGUUCCUGUUCUCCGAUUUCUACAAGCAGGCAUAUAACAAGCGGAUCGGGCGCGCCAAAAGGGAAGCGGAAGCACUGUUGGCUAAGUCACACGCCAACGGAAAGCUACACAACGGCGAUGUCGUCAAUAACAACCAGGGUGCUUGCAUGCCCGUCCUGAACGAUGAUGAUGAACUGCACCAGCGAAAGGUUACCGGGAAUGGGAUAUAUUUAAAUGGUGGUGCCAAAACAGCGAAUUCCUACAGCAAUGGCAAUUCGAACGGUUUUGUCGAAUCGAUCCAGCAGUCGAACGGUGGCAUCGGCGAGAACGGUGGGGCACGGGUUCGGAAAAUCCAAUAACGCUAACAACAACUAGAAUUAAUAAUCAUUGGUGGUUAGCAUCAUCGUCAUCAUCAUCUUUCUAAUUCGUCACCAAUCACCACACCGAAACCCCAUGUCAACCGUGUCCUUUAAGCUUUCUGCGCAGAGGCACACGAAGCUCUAGGAAGGAAGCAGACAACCGCGCCGGGUCGAGGAAGUUGUUUAUUUUUAGUACGCUUUUGUCUAAAGAUGAAUGCAGUAUUUUGCCGCCUUCGGUGACGGGAAUCCCUAAUGUCAUCCUCCGUUUAGUCGUUGCGCUGCACAAAUAUCAUCUUUGCUCCUGUUGACGUACAUCGCCGUACGUCUUUUUCAAAACACCGGCGUCACAAACGGUGCUUUGGAACAAAUAACAACCGGAGCACAACUGAAGCAAACUCGAAAAGUACUCAAACCCACACGCGACGGUAUAUGUGGAUGCGGGUUGGUGCUGGUUGAUGGUGUGGCUGGCGAACACACACGUUAUAUCUCGCCAGACGAGCUCCGGUUUCUAACGGAAUCGGGUUAAAAACAAAACAUCAAACACACAGACGCGUAGCACGAUAGGAUGCUGCAUUAAGGAUAAUGUAUUUUUUGGAAUUUUUUACACUGUACGAAGUAAACUAGAGCAGAUGUAUAAAAGGCACGCUAAUGAAGGUGUUGACUGUGUGUGCAUCAAUUACGGUGCAUCUAUCUUCCGAACAGUCCAUGAUGAUCGAACGACGAUGCACUGGAAUGCGGCACACAUUAACCCUUCGAGGAAACGAUAAACAGUACGAUCAAGUUGAUAGUUGAUAGUGGGUGGUGUUAGAUUGUUUUUUUUUCAUUUACGUUUGUUUUUUUUUGUUUAUUUGUUUUAAAAGUCAUGUUGUACAGAAUGAAAAAGAUUAGCGAAAGAGACACGUGUUACAGAAGGCGUAGGAAUUGCAAUAUUUGUAGUAAAACAAUCGUUGCGUUACUGUAAAUCAAAAACAAAAUGAUAUAAAACAAUGCAACCGCAAAAAGAGGGAACACAAGAACAAAACGGCUAAUUUGCGAAUGAUCGGUAUUGAAGUAAACCGAUUCUAUAUACAUUUUGCGCGUAAAACAAGCACAGCAUGGAAACAUUUAUUCAAACCGGCAAGGGAAAACCGUGCGUGAAUAAUGCCAAGUAACUGAGAGAAAAAAAGAAACUAUCGAUGUAUGUGAUUGUAUGUGGACUGUUUCCAUCAUACGCGGUUUGUGUACAGCAGCAAUUCGGUUUUUAGUGAAUAAGGAAAAUCGAAAGCAUAUGGUGGUGGUAGUACAGGAGAGAAACAAAACAAACAAAACAAAAUACAACAUUCUGCCGAUGUUCUGUUAUCGGGGACGUCGGUGUAGAAUAUCAUAGUAAGAAGCUGUGUAAGUGGUAAAAAAAGAAACAAAUGAAGAAAAGUCUAAAACAAAGAAAAUGACCUGUUUGUUUUCAUGCAAUAUUUUGUUUGGCAACAACCCAUCUUAAAAUGCAGACAUUUUGUUUGUUUUGUUGUUGGUAGCGAAAAAUGUUUAUGGUAAAACGUGUAAAGGGAUUUAGCUUUGUUUUUUGUUUUAUUUGCAUUAAACAUUAAGAACAAGUAGGUUUACGCCACAAAACCGUAAUGUCUUAAAGUGUAUUGCUCAAAUGUAGGAUUUAGUUUCCAUUCUGUUCUUUAGGUCGUGAAUUAUGCAUGUCCCAUCGCAUAAAAGAUCACCCCUGCGUGUGUGCAUUGGGUGGCAGACUUAGUUGUCUCUUUUUGAUUGUUGAUUGCUCCUUCGAUAUCAUCUUUGUAUCUUUGAGAAAUAAGUGAAAUAUGUAGUAAAUGUUCAGCGUAUCGUUGUUUGUUACGAUUCCAUUUAGGUUGCGUACCGCUAACUGCAGAAUGUAUUUGUGUUGCCUUUAUAAUAACAAAAGAAACAAUUUUUGGAUCCUUCCUAGUCUCCCCGGCAUUAUCCAUUGUUUAGUUACCUGGCAUAUUGGCAGACAGUGUAGCUUGGAAAUAGUUACUGAUAGUAAAACAACUGUAAUACACAAACAAACACACACAAAAUUAUUUACACGACGCCAUACGCUUCAUGCGAUCGCAAAUGAGCUGUAAAGUAAUUAUUGGCAAGCGGGUAUUUGAAUACUGUCUGUGAAAUCUGUGUUUUUUUUAAUUCGCUGGGCAUGGCCAGAAAAGUGAGAGCGAGAAACUGAUACCAAGACGAGUUUGUUGUUAGUUUUUAAAAACUUUCUACGUGAUAGCUUUUCAUGCUGACUAGGGCUCUAAGUGCAGUUGAUCGUUAGCUUUUGACGAGCGUAACAGAACAUACAUAGUAACUUAAGAUACGUUAUGAUGUGCGUCGCGUACUCGUGGAAAGUCAACAGCGGCCAUGCGUUUCGGGCCGCAGCUAUAAUACCAAGAGGCAGAAAGAAGAACUGUUCACCAUCUUUUAAAAACAUGUGUUUAUUAUCCUUCUUCAUCGUCGUUGUCCAUUGUUAGUGCGUAAGGGAUAAUGUACUCGUAGUCAUAGUUCUAUAUUGUUUUCAUACAUUGUUUACCGGUUAACGUUUUUUUCUUGUUUUCUUGCUGGGUUUUGUAUUUACUCGAACAUUUGCUUUAAAAAAACCAAAACAGGAAGUGUUUUCAACCGGUUUGUCUCGUUUAGUUUUACCAAAAGCACAAGAGAGAAGGUAUGACAAUCGUCGCUUCAUUGUUAGCAUUUGACAGUGUUAGUAGCUCGGAUUCGAUACAAAAUUCGGCGUGGUGGUGUGAUGCUGAACCGUUCAUUCCCACCACCAAUCGAUCGCGUUAUGGCAAAACAAAAACAGAAACUGUACUGAUGUUGUAAAGCAAAUGUUAAAAACUGUUAUAUUCAAACAGGAAAAGAAACCAACAAGAGAACAAAACUAAAGCAGAGAAAUCAUGUAUAGAAGUAAGGCAGAACAAAACGCGUAUAGUAAAAGAAAGCAGCAACAAAAAAAAACUAUUGGGAUGGAGAAAUAAAAAAACUAUUAAUUUAAUUACAAA